AUGAUCAUCCCGCCCGAUCCAGAAAAAGACCCCCGCCUAUUCCUCACAUCCUCCUCAACACCCUCCCUCCUCCUCCCUCCCGACUCAGACUCGGAUCUCUCGCCCGCCAACGCCAACGCGAUCUCGGCGGUCGACUAUCCGUAUAAUCCAUUUGGCGACGACGCGAGCGUGCGCAGUGGCGUCGGAGGGGGCGGGGAUGGGGAUAUUGGGGAGUUUCUGCCACCGUACGAAAGGCGGUCGAGGGGCGUGCCGGGGGAUGUCCCGGGCGGACUAGCGGGUGGACGUGAAGGGGAGACGGAGAUGAGGGAGAGAGAGAGGAGUGCGGGGUAUAUUGGGAUAACGAUCCCGAGUACCGGUCACGGCCCCGGCGCGGGUAUGGGCUUGGGCAUGGCGGGAACAGGUAUGUGGAUGGGCAUAAGGGGUAUGAACAUCGCCGAGUCAGAAGGGAGCAUCACUCCCACAGCCUCGACAUACGCUUCUGGCUCUACCGCGCGAUUCCCUACAAUCCCCUCCGAUACCGACACGGCGGUGGGUGCCGGAUCAUCCACCGCCAAGCUCUGGGAAGGGUCCUCGUCCUCUCCUCCCUCCUCUUCCGGAGCUACACCUCAGCAGGGGAACAGGAACGCCAGUGCUAGUGCGAGUGCACGGUGGAAAGGAAAGUCCCGGGCGUUUAUGGGAUUACCUACCAAAUCGGAAUCGGAGAAGGAUCCCCUGUCGACGGGUACGGCACGCGGCACGCGAAGGAGUCGGUGGUGGAAAAAAUAUCGGAGAUGGGUCUGGGGCCUGGGUAUCCUGGGGCUUGUAGGUGUGGGGCUUAUGAUUGGGUUGUUGGCGGGCUUGAGGGGGACGCUGUUCAAGGUGGAAGGACCGCCGGUGCCGAGUGGGCCGGCGUGGCAUGAUGUCGAGCCGGGGGAUAGUAGGUGGAAUAUGGCCUGGGCGGACGGGUCUAUGAACCUCACAUGGACACAGGGAAGAGACGCACCCCCCGCCUCAGAUGGCGUCUUGACAGACUGCAACACCUUCACCCCCUUCAACACUUCCGACCCAUCCACAAACUUUUCCUCCCUCUCCACGCCGUACCCCUCCAACAAGCUCUGGGUAUCGACCUACUUGAUCCCCCUCCAACGGAUAAAUAUGACCGCGGUGCCAUACACGCUUAUUCCCAGCCCGGAUACCUUCUCCGGUAAUUCUACCAAAUCUACCUCGGGGACCUCUGGAAGUGCCACCGCUCCGGUACCAAGAGCAGCAACAACAGGCUUCAACGCCUCGACCUCGGCCUCGGCCUCGGCCUUCCCACUCGGUCUGCUCGCGCAGCUCCCUAUUCUCUCCCGGGGGAUCGCGUCGAGCGGGACCGUAGAGAUUAUAGGCCGGGACGCGGCGGACGAGGUGAUUCAGGGUGGAUCGGAAGGGAACGUCAGGGUGGACGUGGUGGUCCAGUAUGGAGGUGCGCAGGGGGUUGCGGGGAUCAUGAGGGUGUGUGAGGUUACGCAGACUCCCAUCGUGACCGACGGGAAGAUAUCCAACCCUUACACGCUCGAUCCGACCCAACUGCCCUCAUUCCACAUUAUCGUCCGACUCCCGCCUUCCCUCUUCUCUUCUCCCUCCUUCGCCUCCUCUCCCUCGUCCGCGCCCUCGGCUGGAGCUGGACCACCCGGCCGACCACUCUACAUCGCCGACAUGGCUCUCCGCCUCGACAAGAUGGGCGUGCGCGUCGGCAACCUCGCGGGAAUCGUGGACUUUGGGAGCUGGAACGUGACGUCGGAUAGGGGCGGCGCGGUUGUGGAUUAUGUGGCGGCGGAGAGGGUGUGGGUGCAGACUGCGGAGAAUGCGGUGAGGGGGCGGUUUAAUGUUUCGAAGAGUUUGAAUAUCAAUUCUACGGACUCCUCAAUCGUUGCCGACAUCAUCCUGCACGACCCCUCUUCAACUCUCAACACCUCCCUCUCCCGCAGCUUCGUCGCCUCACGCGGACUUCCCCCAUCCUCAUCCCUCAACACCACCACCUACCUCCCUCUCCCCCCUUCCGACCUCGCCACGUCCCUCGCCAACUCUACCGCUUCCGUCCUCACCCACAACUUUACCCACACGGUCAAUACCACCUUCCACACGACGGACGGGCUCAUCCGCCUCAAAUACAUCUCGCACCCACCCACCACCGCCCUCCUCUCCUGGACAUCCCUCUCCUCGGGCGAGAUGGACGUGUCCGUCCACCCAAACUACGUCGGCCCGUUCGCCAUCAAGAACGCAUGGGGGAUGGUCCGGCUCCCUCCUAUCCGGUCUGGCGAGUAUGACGAUCCGCUCGGCACCGGGCGGAGGAGAGCGAUUGUCCAGGGUGCGAUUGGGAUAGAGGAUGGGAGUCUGUUUGCGAGGGGAGGGAUGAAUGAGACAUUGCUGCCCCAGAGCGGGACGACGAUUACGGGCGCGGCGUAUUGGCAGGAAGGGAGGAAUGGGACGUUGACGCCACAGGCGGUACAGCAGGGGGAGGAGGGCAGGAGGGGGAGUCAGAUGGUUUGUCUGGGUGGGUGGGGGGAUGUCACGCUGAGGUUUGACGGAACGUAG